AUGUCGAGCGACGCAUCCGCACCCGCGGCUGCUUCCGUAGCUGCUCCCGUCUCGUUUGAUUCGAGCAAUACGGCUGCUUCUUCGGUCACCGAUCCCGAGCUCUUCGGCGCCUCUGUGUUGCCCAGGAAGGACGUGCCCACCACCGAAUCAGCCGUGGUAGACCAGCAGCCUGCUGCCGAGGCCGAAGCUUCGGCUGCUCCUGCCGUCGCCGAGACUCCGGAACACGAUGCCGCUGCUGUAGCCGCCGCUGCCGCCGCGGCUGCUGCUGCUGACGCUUCGAGCGCUGCGCAGACCAUCACCGAACUGGCCACCGCCGCUACCAACGCUGCCAACAGCGCUGCCCCAUCGUCGGAACAGCCCGGCGAGGCUUCGACUGCUACUGCUGCGGACGGUGACGCUUCCGAAAGUCAACAGGACGGUACCGGUGCCGUCACCACCGAGCCUGAAUCCACCGUCGCCGGUCUCCCCCGCAACGUCGAGUCCGAGCUUCGCGAAAUCUACUCGGUCUCGAGCGCCAUUGCCAACUUCUCGGUGGCUCACGUCAACCAGGUCAGCGUACCCACCCCGCAAAAGGUUCGCAACAUCAUCCAAAAGGCUCUGAAGCUCACCUCGUCCCUCAGCAUGCUUCUGGCCCAGCCCGAGGUGGCUCUUCGACAGCUCGAUGCCGACGAGCCGGGCAAGCGUCCCGCCGAAUCUAAGCUCGACUCUGCACGCAAGCGUCCACGCUCUUCGGAUUGGGAUGGCAGCAAAUCCGAGACGCCCGGCGGUAUCGGUCUGCCGAUGACACCCUACACGCCCAACUCGGGGUUGCGAGUGUACCCGGACGGAUCGAUGCCCACGUCGUUCCCCUCGCCCGGCUUUGACAGCGACCAGAAGGGCCCGCAGUACAAGAAGCGCAGCCGUGCACCUGCGCCUGGCUCGUGCCAAGCGUGCGGUACCACCGAGACGCCCGAAUGGCGACGUGGUCCCGACGGCGCACGCACGCUGUGCAACGCGUGCGGUCUGCACUUUGCCAAGCUGGUGCGCAAACGCAUGCAGCAGGAAGGUGGUGAGGAGCCGUCGCCCAGCCAGGUGCCUCCUCCGGUGAGCUUGGUGAGCCUCGAGGAGCUGCGUGCUUCCACCAAGAGCGCCGAGGCAGCGGCGGCUGCAGGGCUGACGCCUUCGGCAUCGUCCAAGUCGCUCAACGGUACGCCUUUGAAGGUGAACAGGGACGAGGCGUGGAACACGCCCUCCAAGCCGCCCCGUGUGCCAUCGUCGCUGAGCAGCAGCGUGAUUGCUGGUGGCGAUGAUGCUGCCGAGGGCAGCGCCGAAGGUGGUGUGCAACCGCCUCCUCCUGCGCCUGUUUCUGCUGAGUCCUCCGCGCCUCAGACUGGAGGCAUCGUCGAGCCUGCACCCACGCCCGCAGAGGCACCCGCUGCUGCGGCUCCGGAACCGGUGAUCGCCCCAGAGCUGUCGGGUGAUGCGGUGGCCGUGAACCAGGACCGACCCAUGGACACGGACCAAUAG